AUGGCAUUAAUUAAGUUAUUUAUUUCUGAAUGUAAUGAAUGUAAAAUAAAACGUGCAAAACCAAAAGACUCAUCGAAAUUAGUAGUAAGUCCAAUUAUUUCAAAUGAUUUUCAUUCACGUGGCCAAGUUGAUUUAAUUGACAUGCAAUCUUCUCCUGAUGGUAAAUUUAAGUUUGUAUUAAAUUAUCAAGAUCAUUUUACAAAAUUUUGUAUUUUACGACCACUUAAAUCAAAAACCGCAGCAGAUGUCGCGUACAAUUUAUUAGAUAUUUUUACUACAUUUCGUGCACCUGCAAUCUUACAAUCAGAUAAUGGCCGUGAAUUCGUUGCAAAAGUUAUUGAAGAAUUAGCAUUAAUAUGGAAAGAUCUUAAAAUUAUCCACGGAAAACCUCGUCAUCCACAAUCGCAAGGAUCUGUGGAAAGAUCUAAUCAAGAUACAAAGCAAUUAUUAGGGAGAUGGAUUCGCGAAAAUAACUCCAAUAAAUGGACCGAAGGCUUGCGCUUCGUAAAAUUUCAAAAAAAUUCAUGUUUUCAUCGGGUAUUAAAUAAUAGUCCAUAUGCAGUUUUAUUUGGCAAUCAACCAAAAUUAGGUUUAUCAUCAACAUGUUUACAUCCUUCUAUUUUUAAUGAUAUAACAACAGAAGAAGAAUUAACAAAAAUGAAUUAG